AUGUAUUCGACUUUAGCCGAACAAGGACGUUUCAAACGUGUUCUUCUACAUGGCGAUGGUGAUCUUGCAGCAGCCGUUCAACUUCUGACUACUCAAGUCAACCAACUGAGCUCAGAGGUUACUAACAUCAAGCAACAGAACAGUCAACUGCUAACUCACAAUUCGGAAUUGGAGUCCAAGAUUUCACAGAUGCAGUCUUCUUUUGAUCAACACUCAGCUGACUCAUCUUCGCACCAGAACGGCGGCGCUGUGUACAUCAGAUGGGGACGAACGGUUUGUCCUUUGAACGGAACAGAUCUUGUGUACAAUGUGGUACCAGGGGGUGCCCCGAUCCCUGGUAGCACAUAUGUUUCCUGGAAAAUUAAAGGGACUUCAUUGGAGUCUCAAAAAGAAAAGAAAAAGAUCGAUAAAUGCACACCAGUAUAA